AUGACGGACCAAGCCCCCUUCGACACCAAUGUCAUCACCAUGACCCGAUUCAUCAUGGAAGAGGGCAUCAAAGCCAAAGGCACGGGGGAGAUGACCCAGCUCCUCAAUUCCCUCUGCACGGCCAUCAAAGCCAUCUCUUCUGCUGUGCGCAAAGCUGGCCUGGCCAACCUGUACGGCAUUGCUGGAUCCACCAAUGUGACAGGGGACCAGGUGAAGAAGCUGGAUAUUCUAUCAAAUGAUCUGGUUGUUAACAUGCUCAAGUCAUCAUUUAGUAGCUGUGUCCUUGUGUCAGAAGAAGACCAGCAUGCACUCAUUGUGGAGCCUGAGACAAGGGGCAAAUACAUUGUGUGCUUUGAUCCUUUGGAUGGUUCUUCAAACAUUGACUGUCUUGCAUCCAUUGGUACAAUUUUUGCCAUCUAUAGAAAGGUCUCAGAUGGUGAGCCUAGUGAAAAAGAUGCUUUGCAACCAGGACGUAACAUUGUAGCCGCAGGGUAUGCAUUGUAUGGAAGUGCCACAAUGCUGGUCCUUGCCACAGAGUGUGGAGUGAAUUGCUUCAUGUUGGACCCUGCAAUCGGAGAAUUCAUUUUGGUUAAUAGAAAUGUGAAGGUUAAACCAAGAGGCAAUAUCUACAGUCUAAAUGAAGGCUAUGCCAAAUACUUUGAUGCAGCAGUCACAGAAUAUCUCCAGAAGAAAAAGUUCCCAGAGGAUGGCAGUUCACCUUAUGGAGGACGAUAUGUGGGUUCCAUGGUGGCUGAUGUGCACCGAACACUGGUCUAUGGAGGAAUCUUCUUAUAUCCUGCAAACUCUAAAAGCCCAAAGGGAAAGCUGAGGCUUCUGUAUGAGUGCAAUCCCAUGGCCUUUGUCAUGGAAAAGGCUGGAGGAAUGGCCACCAAUGGACUGGAGAAUGUGUUGGAUAUAGUUCCAGAUAGUAUUCACCAGAGAAUGCCCAUAGCCCUGGGCUCUGUAGAAGAUGUGAAGGAGUACAUAGAGAUUUUCAAGAAACACACCAAAAAAUGA